AUGGGAUUGGGAUCUUCUGAUUCUUCAAGUGAUGACAACAUCGACAACACCAACCUCAGCAACCCUUUGUUGGUCUCUGAAUCUCAUUAUCCUAAAAGAACAGGGACUGUUUGGACAGCAGUUGCACAUAUAGUGACAGGUGUCAUAGGAUCUGGAGUGUUGUCUCUUCCAUGGAGUAUUGCACAACUUGGUUGGAUUGUCGGACCAAUCUCCAUUCUUUUUAUUGCUUCUUCAACUCUCUUUUCUGCUUUUCUUUUGUGUAACACUUAUCGUUCUCCUAAUCCUGAAUAUGGUCCUCAUAGAAGUGCUUCCUAUCUUGAUGUUGUCAAUUUUAAUUUAGGAGUUGGGAAUGGACGAUUAUGUGGCCUUCUUGUGAAUAUAUGUAUUUACGGUUUUGGAAUUGCCUUUGUCAUUACAUCAUCUAUCAGCUUAAGAGCAAUCCAAAACUCAAUUUCUCAUCAUGACAAAGAGAAUGAACCAACAAGUGAAUUUGCAGAUGCAUUUUAUAUGCUGCUUUUUGGGAUUCUCCAAAUUCUUCUCUCGCAGAUACCAAAUUUACAUGACAUCAAUUGGCUAUCAGUUGUCGCUGCGAUUACGUCUUUUGCUUAUUGUUUCAUAGGAAUGGGACUUGCCAUCAUGCAAAUCGUGGAAAAUGGAUAUGCCAAGGGUAGUAUAGAUGGAAUCAGUACCUCUAGUGGAAUGGAGAAGUUGUGGUUGAUUUCCCAAGCGCUUGGUGACGUGUCAUUCUCGUAUCCUUUCUCGACUAUUAUGAUGGAAAUACAGGAUACUUUGAAGACGCCUCCGCCAGAAAACCAAACCAUGAAAAAAGCCUCAACCAUAUCAGUCUCUAUCACAACAUUCUUUUACCUCUGUUGUGGAUGUGCCGGAUAUGCUGCAUUUGGCGAUAAUACACCGGGAAACCUUUUAACAGGAUUCGGAUCCUCAAGGUUUCAAUGGCUUGUGAACUUCACAAAUGCUUGUAUUGUGAUUCACCUAAUUGGUUCGUAUCAGGUAUACUGUCAGCCACUGUUUGGCAAUGCCGAGAGUUGGUUACGUUUUAGAUUCUCCGAGAGUGAAUUUGUGAAUCACACGUAUACGUUGAAACUCCCAUUGCUGCCAGCUUUUGAACUAAGUUUUCUCAGCUUAUCAUUCAGAACUGCUUACGUGACAUCAACCGUUGUGAUUGCAAUGAUCUUUCCUUACUUCAACCAGAUUCUCGGAGUUUUAGGUAGCAUAAGCUUCUGGCCGUUGACAGUAUAUUUUCCAGUGGAAAUAUACUUGAGUAGGUCGAAUACCGAUUCAUGGACUGCUAAGUGGAUUAUGCUUCAAACUUUCAACAUUUUUGGACUUGUAUUUGGAUUGUUCACUCUCGUUGGAUGCAUUAGAGGAAUCGUUACCGAAAGAUUAGGCUAA